UGGCGCUGGCCGAGGUUCAGUUUCAGUUUGAGGAAUGCGCGGUCGUGCCAGACUUCAGUACAUGCGUCCGACGGCAGCCGCGCGCACGGAGGCGCAGUGACUCUGCGGUGCAGGCGCAGAGAGAUUCCUCCUCCUCCUCCUCCUCCUCCUCCUCCUCGCUGCCCGGCGGAGGGCUGCCAGCGGCGGCGCACAAGCGACACAUCUGCUGCGUCUCUGACGGGACGGGACGGGACGGGACGGAGAGGUUGGUUGCUGUUGGGGGCUUUUUUUGGGGGGGGGGGGACCUCGCUGUGGGCGGACGAACUCUUCCGCGCACUCUCCACCGCCGUGGAGCCGGAGAGGGUAAAAGCAUUGCAACAGUGUGUGUGGGGGGGGGGGGUCCCUGCCAGGACACAUCUAGUUGUGUACACAUUUGCCGACCUCUUCUCUCCGUCUCCUGUGGAACCACUCUCCGGGACAUCACAAUGGAUUACUUUCAGAAGAUCCCGUAACCUGUAAAAUCUGGACCAGCAGAAAUUGAAUUAUCAUGGUCUGCCUCGUGCUUUCGAGAGCUGUCUGAGCCUGACACAAACGCCGUCAGUCAUGUUGGUGCCAGGGUCGGUGGAUGAGGGAGUGUUAUGUGGUUCACCGUCAGUCUACAAGUUUGUUCACCUGCCAUAUUUGUGCAGACAAACAUGUGACCUCGACUUAUUCCAUGCAGCUACUUCCCGUGGACUGCUUGCUCUGCCUGCUGGCUGCUGCUGGGAUCACCGAUGGAUGAGGCUCAUUACUCAUUUCACGUCCCUCAUUUCUUGGGAAAUGGAGGAAUUAGAGACAUCUGCUCGCUGGAUAUGAACGGAUUGAAGACCGAGGAAAUUCACUCUGUUGAAAGUGUGACCCCGAUGGGAUAAGAACUCGAAACUUUAAACUUUAGAAGAUUUUGAGGCCGAAAAACUCAAGACACAAUUUGGAGUAUACCUCGUCCGCGCUCCCAGGAUGCAUUGCCCGAUGAGGAAGAAACGUCCCACCCGCGAUUCUGAUUUCUCAGCGAUCGCAGUUCCCUCGAUGUACUGCUCUGGGUACCUUGACUACACAGUCGAGACCCACGCUUCCAGAUCCAUGGGGGUCAUGGACGAGUUCAGGAAGCAGGAGCUGUUGUGUGACGUGGUGCUACAUGUCACGUACAAGGAAAGAACGGUGGACUUCAAGGUGCACAGGCUGGUUCUGGCCUCGUGUAGCCCCUACUUCAGGGCCAUGUUCACCAGCAGCUUCAAAGAGCGCCACGCCCCGGAGAUCACCUUGCGCGAUGUUUGCCCCCAGGUGGUGGGAAGGCUCAUUGACUUUGCCUACACCUCCCGCAUCACAGUGGGAGAGAAAUGUGUGCUGCAUGUUCUUUUGGCUGCGAUGAGGUAUCAGAUGGAGGACGUGGCCAAGGCGUGCUGCGAUUUCCUUACCAAGCAUCUGGAACCGGCCAACGUCAUCGGCAUCGCCCGGUUUGCGGAGGACAUUGGCUGCACGGAGCUGCACCAACGAAGCCGAGAGUACAUCAACACACACUUCAAUGAGGUGACCAAAGUGGACGAGUUCUUCAGCCUCUCCCACUGCCAACUGCUGGAGCUCAUCAGUCAGGACAGUCUCAAGGUGCUCUGUGAGUCUGAGGUGUAUAAGGCCUGCACAGACUGGGUCGGCUGGGACAUGGAGGGUCGAGCCCAGUACCUGCACGCCCUCCUGAAUGCAGUUCAUAUCUACGCUCUGCCUCCGAAGUUCCUGAAGAACCAGCUCCUGUCCUGCCCCAUCCUCAGCAAGGCCAAUUCCUGUAAGGACCUCCUUUCUAAAAUCUUCCAGGACAUGACGCUGAGGAAGCUGCCUCCUGCACCUAACCGUGGAACUCAACUCAUCUAUGUGGCCGGCGGAUACCGGCAGCAUUCACUGGCGUCCAUGGAGGCUUACAAUCCCAGGAGGAACGUGUGGCUGAAGCUGGCUGACAUGGGAACUCCAUGCAGUGGACUGGCUGCCUGCGCGCUGUUCGGACUGCUCUACACCGUUGGGGGCAGAAACCUGUCGCUUCAAAACAACACGGAGUCCAGCGCCCUGUGCUGCUACAACCCAAUGACCAACCAGUGGAGCCAGCGAGCCUCGCUCAACACCCCCAGGAACAGGGUCGGGGUCGGGGUGGUGGACGGCUGCAUCUACGCCGUCGGAGGUUCCCAGGGCUCGACGCAUCACAGCACGGUGGAGAGGUGGGAUCCAGAGUCCAAUCGCUGGUCCUUCGUCUGCCCGAUGUCGGUGGCUCGCCUAGGGGCCGGCGUGGCGGCGUGUGGGGGGGCUCUGUACGUGGUGGGGGGGUACGAUGGACAGAACCGCUGGGACACUGCUGAAAAGUACCAGCCCGACACCAACACCUGGCACCAACUGGCUCCCAUGAGCACCAUACGCAGUGGACUGGGGUUGGUGUGUGUGAACUCUCACCUGUACGCUAUAGGAGGCUAUGACGGGAGGAGCCAGCUGUCGUCCGUGGAGCGGUACAAUGUAGCCAGGAAUGUCUGGGAGCCCCGGGCCCCCAUGCUGUACUGUCGCAGCGCACACGGAGUGACGGUCCACCACAGGCGCAUCUUUGUCCUCGGAGGUUUUAACCAGCACGGCUUCCUGUCCAGCAUCGAGUGUUACUGUCCAGAAAGGAAUGAAUGGAUGUGCGUCACCGAGAUGCCUGUUGGUCGCAGCGGCAUGGGCAUCGCUGUUACCAUGGAGCCCUGCCCUGGCAGCCUGCCAGAGCCAGAGGAGGACGAGGACGGAGCCACAUAGGAUGGAGACGGGAAUCUGUGUCGAACGUGUGGUGCUGCUUUUCAAGGGGGGGAUUAAGUGCAUAGAAUAAAAAGCUUGCGAACAUGAAAAACUUCUGUGCCUCCUACACCCCACUGUGUCUCCGCCCUCAUGGUUCGUGCUUGUGUUGCACCGCGGGGCAUGCGCUGGUAUGGUUUCUGUGGAAACGUAGAGGAGGAGAAAGUAUGCACAGAUUAUGUCUCUACAUCUGCUAGUCACACAGGAAAAAAACUGAGCAUGACAGUGAUCCAGCAAUAAUAAGGUGCUACAGAUGUAAUCUCAAAUAAUAGUAGUAUUUAUUUUUAAUAUUGUUACUCCUUCACUGUUUUUAAUCUCUUCCGUGUUCAAUUUCAUUUGUAAAUUUUCAUUGGCCUUCAGUGUCUAAUUCCUCUGUGUUUGUGAUGUCUUUUUCCUCCGUUUGUGUCUCGGCCCAGAUGAGAACUUCGCCCAGAAACUGCCACACAUUUUUACACGUUUUAUUGGUUCAAUCGCUGGAUUUUAUUGUGUGUUUCAGAAAGUGAGGUUAAUCAAAUGAGUGACGGAUAAAUGUCUUAUUUCCUA